AUGCGACUGGAGCCCGAUUUGCUUCGCGGCAUCUAUUCAGCGGGCUACUAUGCCCCGUCCCUCAUCCAGCAGCACUGCGUCAUGCCGCUCAUCAGAAAGCGCGACGUGAUCGCCCAGGCGCAGAGUGGCACGGGGAAGACGUCAUUGAUUGCGUUUGGGUCCUUGCAAAUCGCGUCGCCGGACUCGCAGGCUGUCCAGGUCCACAUUCUUUCUCCGAUACGGUAUCUUUCGAAGCAGACGGAGGAAAAGUGGAAGUUUGAGACUCUGUGCGAUCUGUACGAAAUGUUGACGAUCACGCAGGCGGUGAUCUUUUGCAACAAGAAGAGAAACGUUGAGUGGCUUACGAAGAAGAUGGUGGAGAACGGCUUCACGGUGAUGUCGAUGUCCGGGAGCAUGACGCAAGAGCGGCGGAACGAGGUGAUGGAUUCGUUUCGGAAGGGGCAUUCGCAAGUGCUGAUCGCGACAGACAUCUGGUCGAGGGGGAUCGAUGUGCAACAGGUGAGCCUGGUGAUCAACUACGACGUGCUGAACGAGCAGGAGUCGUACUUACAUGGCAUUUGCAGGAGCGGGAAGUUUGGACGUAAGGGAGUGGCGAUCACGUUUGUGACGUCGGGGGACAUGGGAGCGCUGCGGUCCAUCGAAAGGAUCUACGCAAUGCAAACUUUGAAACUGCCGAGCAAUGUCGGAGACUAUCUAUACGCAUCUCAGACGAGUCUGUUGGCGAGUGUUUGUAAAAUAUGA